AUGGGCGGGCGCAGUGGGGUGCUCUUGGCAGCGUUUGGCAUCUGCAUUCUCCUUAUGGCAAAGCAAGUGCGGGCGAGCGUAUGUACCCCCAGCUCGGGCAUCUAUCAUCUGUCAUCGCAGCAAGAUCUGGACGAGCUCUGGUCCGAUUGUACCGUGAUCAAUGGCAGCAUCGACAUGGAGUGUGACACCAGCUUACCAGCCAACGAGCGCAUCCGCGAACUUGAGGUUUUUUCUCUGGUCCAAGAGGUUCGAGGCUAUCUCCGCAUCCGCAAAUGCGAUGAUCUGGGCUCGCUCGAGGGCCUGCAACGACUGGAACGAAUUGCUGGUUUCAAGCUGUACAACGAGCCCGGGGCACGCCAAGGUUUCGCCAUGUACAUUGAGAACAACGCCAUCAUUGGCGACCUGGCCGGCUUGCGGAGUCUCAAGCAAAUUCAGGGUCAAGGCAAAAGGGGUGCAGCCCGCGUUUCUAUCAAGACCAAUGACAACCUCUGCUACAUGGAUCUGGUGGGCCCCCACGAGUGA